AUGACGCAAGAUGAGAUCCAGGCCGAGGUUGCCAGCGACAGCCGAGCUGAAGAGUCCGUUGAGGACGCCUCUGUCGAGGAAGCCUCUGUCGAGGCAGAAGAGGCCACAACCCAGACAACAUCUUCGGCGUGGCAGAAGCUUGAUGAUGUCGAGUGGACGGCAGACGACGAAGAUGAAUGGCAGAAAGACACGCAUCGGGAUUAUUAUGAAGCGUUGGGAUUGACACGCUCCGACGGGAUGUCCAUUUCCGCGAGCCGAGUUCGUGCAGCGUAUCAUCGAAUGGUGCAGAAAUGGCAUCCGGAUUUCCAAUCCAUUGAAACACCAGGCAGUUGUGAUCAAGAGAAUGGUCCACAGAGGACGCGACAUGAAGUUUUGCGAAGGUUCUGGUUAAUCACCGAGGCAUAUCUAGUUCUUAAAGAUCCGGAGAGGCGGCGCAUUUACGACGAAUGCGGCUUCGCGCACUUCAAACAAAGUGAAGCGUGCUAUCAAGAACCAGUCUUCGAACAGGACGCAUACCAAGUUUAUGAGGAUUUCUUCAACGGCACUGAUCCUGAGGCACGUGACUUCCUGCUUAUGAACGGUGGGGUGGCAGACAGCGGCAGCGAAAGUGACGACAGCAUGGAGGCCGAGCUGGCCGUCGGACCCGGUGACGCUCGUGCUGGACGCCAGGCAGAGGCCGGCGAACCUCAGCUCCCACCAGAGAUGGCCAAAGCGGUGGGCGAGGCUUCUUCGGUGGACCAGUUCAGGACAAUGCUGAAUGGGGUCCUCUCUACAACGCUGUGUCGGGAUUCAGGGGCAUUCUCAUGUCACAGCCGAUCCAUGCAGGCAAAAGGUUCGGAACGGCAGAGGCGACGUUCUGCGAAAAAAUCUCGCGCUCCCGUCAAACCGCGUAUGCAGGCAUGGAAAGCGGCUGAAUUCAUUUCAUGUCGGAGAGCGACCAAUAACUUUGAGUGA